AUGGCGACGACCGCGAUAACCGGUGCCGCUUUUGGUGCGGCCAUGAUAGCCGCGGGCUUUCAUCAACCGCAAGUGGUUAUUUCGCAGAUGAAAUUUGAGAACUGGCACAUGUUUCAGACUUUUCUGGCUGCCACUGCUACCAGCGCAGCGGUCUACGCUAUUGCAGAACGCCUGGGAUACGUAAAGAUUUCUCCCCGGAGCUCGUCUCCCCUAGGCCUCUUUUCCAAAUAUGACGGCAACAUACUUGGCGGUAGUCUCCUUGGAGCAGGCAUGGCUCUAUCGGGCUCAUGUCCUGGCACGCUCUACGCCCAACUAGCAGCUGGUGUUCGGACGGGUUUCCAUGCCUUGGACGGUGCCAUUAUUGGCGGUAUCCUGUGGUCAGGGCUGGUAAGCAAGCUUGUCAAGAGACGGCGGGAAAAGACGGGCGUGAAGCCAGAGCCGGGGGUUCUAAGUGAACAGUUGGGUGUUUCCAACGGCGCCGCACUCCUGCUCCUCGAAACAACCUUCAUUGCCAUCAUCACUGCCACAACACUGUACACUCCCGCGAGCCCUACGGCCAGGUUUCCCGGCGCGGUAGGCGGCCUUCUCAUCGGCGGUGCACAGUUAUUUUCCAUUCUUACCCGGAAGACAAUGAUGGGUAUUUCCGGGUCCUUUGAAGAAGUGGGCAACUUCUUCUGGUGGCUCAUCCGCGGAGCUGAGCCCAACGCCAAACCCACAUCGUACCAGAACAUCAUAUUCGCUUCAGGAGUCGUCGCCGGCGCAUGGGGUCUGUUGAAACUGGUUCCAGACUUGGCGUCUGGCCCUGUCCACGAGGUAUCGCCCUUGCUGGCAAUGGCAGGGGGCGUCCUGAUGGUUGUUGGGUCAAGAUUAGCUGGUGGGUGUACCUCAGGCCAUGGAAUCAGUGGUAUUUCACUACUAUCUGCGUCGAGUGUAAUUACGAUUAUGAGUGCGUUUGCCACAGGCGGUGUGGUUGCGCCGUUGGUUCAUUGA